CUAUGUUUCACUGACGAGUGACGGCAGCAGGGGGGGAAGCUGUUUAACAGUUUAAAUGUUUCUUAUUGUGGUCAGAUGACGGUAAAUGUGGACAUGAGGGCCUGUGGAUUAAUCAGUUAAAGCUCUCGGGGAAGAUGACACAGAACAUGUUUCAGGAGGGGCUGUACCAUGUGUUCUUUAAAGAGACACCUGCGACCCGCCCACAGGCCCAGACCUCUGUUCAGGUGGAGCUGGACAAUGUUAGGAUCCAUCGUUGGUUUGGGACUGUGGUCAACACCAGACUUCUAGUCAGCGGGGUGGUUCAAGUCCUCAGUGCGUUAGUUUGCAUUCUAAGCACAGUCACACAUGCAUGUGUGAGCUACAACUGCGCCGUCUCCAUGACAACACCUGUGUGGUCGAGCCUAUUUUACGUGGCUGCUGGAUGUCUGGCAAUGGAGGUUCGGAGAAAAGCCAAUAAACUGAAGAUCAUCAUCCUGAUGGUCCUGAACAUCUUCAGUCUUCUGUUUGGAUUCUCUGCUCUCCUGGCCAACAGUCUCAGGUCCACACACCCUGCUGCUCUCAGCACGAACCAACAGCGUGCUGGCUCAUAUGUUGCGAGGGGAACUUCUGUAGCCUUCAGUGUUCUGUGUUUUCUGUCAUCAAUCUACAUACUCUUCCUGUCCUGGAGAGGCCUGCGUCGCUACUGUGCUCCUCGCGCUCAGGCCUACAACCGGCUCACACAGGAUCCGGAUGAAACAAAUGGACCUUUACUGGAACAAGAGGAGUUUAGUCUGUGA